ACUAUUUAAAUGUUUAAUAGUUGUACGUACAUAAACCUAAAAAUAUUACAUAAACUUUACUCUGAAAAUCUAGUGUUUUGAAACGCAUGCACGACGACGCAUGCGCACAGCACAACAGGCUCCGGCCGUUAGGAUCUCUUCUCAGAGCGCCAGAAAGUCAUUCCACAGGAAGCAAAUCAGAACAGAACAUUAUUCUCAUAAUUCAGGGUGCCCUUUGGAGGAGCCAGUGGACUUUGUGCAAGGGAGGUGCCGUGGGGAUCAAGAUGAGGCCGCUCCUGGACAGACUGAGUCAAGUGUGCUUGUUUUGCUUGUUCAUACAAAACAGAGCAUUGAGAUGAGGCGUGAAACCAUUAUCCGCAGCCUUAUACUGUACCUUGGCGAGAAGGAAGAGGAACUUUUUGAAGACUGCUUGGAGGACAGCCGUAGUGAUGUCAGUAACCACAUCCUCAAAAUACUCGUCGUCCACGGUGCUGAUGAGGAUCCAGUUGAUGUCUCCAUCCUUGUGGAAGGCCAUGAGAUUUUGCCAGGGUGCAACAGUACUGCGAAAGCUUGCUCACUGCUCAUGGGACUGAUUUAUGCCCUGAACUUGGCAUACCCUCCCACUUUGCGCUACAUUUUUGAAGUCUUCCAAAAACUCAUGCUGGAGCUGGAUGGAUUGAAACUGUCCCCAAAAGUAAACACCUUGAAGUUGAAGUUGCUUUCCUAAAUGCAUGUCUUGACUUUGUCAUCCUAGAGGAGGAAAAUGACAUCAUUUAUGGACCCUUGUUGAGGACGUAGCAUCAUGCAUGGACUCUUGUGAAGAAAUGCCAAGAAUUAGCAAUGAGUUCCAGUUCAUCUUGGUGUACUAGUGGGUUGCCUGUCAUAAAUGUUUUUCAUUUUUUGUCAAAUAAGGUAUCUGUUAAUGACAGUAAAGAUUGUAUUCUUCAACAAGAAUGGUUAGACACCUUAAGCUGUUUAUUUUUAGUUGAUUAUGUUGAUUUUAUUUCAUUAAUGUUUUAAUUGCAUACUUAAAAGUGCACUAGUCAGAGGACUGGUUUAAAUGUUGAAAUUGCACUUUUUCAGUGUAGUUUGUAAGAUUUUAAUUGCAUAUUUGAGAAGUGACUAUGUUACCAGAUCUAUGUUGGAUUUGGUGUAUAAUGUGUAAUACUGUGUAUUUGUUGUUUACCAGUCAUACCAACCUAUGGAUAUUUUCUUUAAAAAAUAUACUAUUACUACUAUUUACUUUGAAUACCUUUUGCUGGAGAUACAUCUUUAAUUUAUUGUUAGUACAAAUUCUAAUGCAGUACAAUAUAAUGCACUUUUACUAUUAACGCAGUACUUGUACAGUACAUUCUGUUUUUCCCUCCAUUUAAAUAGGGGCGGCAUGGCGUAGUGGGUAGAGCAACCGUGCCAGAAACCUGAGGGUUGCAGGUUCGCUCCCCGCCUCUUACCAUCCAAAAAUCGCUGCCGUUGUGUCCUUGGGCGGGACACUUCACCCUUUGCCCCCGGUGCCACUCACACCGGUGAAUUGAAUGAUGAAUGAUAGGUGGUGGUUGGCGCAAAUUGCAGCCACGCUUCCGUCAGUCUACCCCAGGGCAGCUGUGGCUAUGAAAGUAGCUUACCACCACCAGGUGUGAAUGAUUGAUGGGUUCUACAUGUAAAGCGACUUUGGGUACUUAGAAAAGCGCUAUAUAAAUUUCAGUUAUUAUUAUUAUUAUUAUAAUCCAUACACCACUGCUCAAAGUUUAAGAGGCGGUUUCUGUCCUGACCCUCUCCCAGAAGUUGUUGUUGAGUAUUAUAUUUCUGCAAUGAAUGUAGAAACUCUGUUUCAGAGGGUUGUAAGAUUGAACUAAAAAGAAACUGUUUAAUUGCAUUGUAAUUUAGUUGUGUGAUAUGUGAUACAUAUAUAUUAAAUGCAUAGAGUAUUGGUUAAAUUUAUUUGGUAACAUUUAUCAAAAGAAAACUGGCAAUGAUUACCUAAUUUUAGUGAGUAAUGUAAAGUAAUGCAACCAAGUAAAUUAAAAUGUCAAGCACAAGAAAAUAAUUAAAAUCUACUGAAUUACUUCAUAACAGCAAAUACUACAGAUAUAUAAAAUUUACUUAAAAUUUUGAGUAAAAUGAUGUUCCUGCUGAUGAAAAACAAGUAGACUUUACUUAAUUUGUUUAAAUAAAUAUAACUUAAAACUUGGAUGUAAUUAAGUAACUGUUACUUAAUAUCUUCACAAAUGUUAUGUUAUAUGGUAAGUAGAAUUUACUUGAUACUGGCAAGUGAGUGUUACUUGAUAUUGCAGCAUUAAAUUUUACUUAAAUCAUUUGCGUGCAAAUACUUACAAUAUUUUUUUUUAAGUAAAUCUUAUGAGUUAUUUUUUUCAGUGUAAGUAAACAAACAAAGGCUCCUAAUUUAGCUGCUGACAUAUGCAGUAACAUAUUGUGACAUUUUCCAUUCUAUUGUUUUGUCAAAAUUAUGAGGGACAAGUGGUAGAAAAUUAAUUAUUAAUUAAUUUAUUGUUCAUUUACUGUUAAUGUCUGCUUACUUUGUCUUUUAACAUGUUCUAUCUACACCUCUGUUAAAAUGGAAUAAUCACUUAUUCUUCUGUUGUUUGAUACUUUAAAUUAGUUUUGGAUGAUACCACAAAUUUUGGUAUCAAUCCGAUACCAAGUCGU